AUGGCGGAAGCAGAGAGCAGCACCAAGGACACCUUGCUACUACCGGUAGACAGAGUUCAAGUAGUGACAUGGAGAGAUCUGCGAGACGGAUCAUUCACCGAAGAACUCAAACGUCUUAUCUGCUUCGCUGCACCUAUGGCUGCUGUAGUCAUCGCUCAGUUCACCUUGCAGAUCAUCUCUAUGGUGAUGGUUGGUCACCUCGGAAACCUCGCUCUCGCAAGCGCCGCUCUAGCUUCUUCCUUCUGCAACGUCACUGGCUUCAGCUUCAUGAUAGGAUUGUCAUGUGCCUUAGAUACUCUAAGCGGUCAAGCUUUUGGAGCUAAGCUAUACCGGAAACUAGGUGUUCAGACAUACACAGCUAUGUUCUGUCUUACAUUAGUCUGUAUCCCUCUCUCUAUCAUAUGGCUUAACAUGGAGAAGCUUCUUGUUUUCCUUCGUCAAGAACACGCUAUUGCACAUGAAGCUGGUAGAUAUGCUACUUGGCUUAUCCCUGGACUCUUCUCUUACGCUGUUCUACAGCCUCUCACUCGGUACUUUCAAAACCAGAGCAUGAUCAGACCUCUUCUUAUUGCUUCCUCUUUUGUGUUCUGUCUCCACGUUCCUCUCUGCUGGCUUUUGGUUUAUAAGUCAGGUCUUGGUUUUCUUGGAGGAGCAUUGGCUGUGGUUUUGUCAAACUGGCUUAAUGCUAUUCUUCUUGGAUCUAUCAUGUACUUCUCUUCUUCUUGUUCUGAGACACGUGCGCCUCUUUCUAUGGAGAUAUUCAAUGGUGUUGGAGAGUUCUUUAGAUAUGCUCUUCCUUCUGCUGCUAUGGUUUGCCUAGAGUGGUGGUCCUAUGAACUCAUAAUAUUACUAUCUGGCCUCUUACCCAAUCCAGAACUGGAGACUUCUGUCCUCUCUGUCUGUCUUCAAACAGUUGCGACAGUCUAUUCAAUACAUCUUGCCAUUGCGGCUGCAGCAAGCACAAGAAUAUCAAACGAAUUAGGUGCUGGAAACUCUCGAGCAGCACAUAUUGUGGUCUAUGCGGCAAUGUCUCUUGCAGUGAUGGAAUCCUUUGUAGUGAGUAUGUCUCUAUUAAUAGGCAGGAAUGUUUUUGGGUAUGUUUUUAGCAGUGACAAGGACACCGUUGACUAUGUUGCAAAGAUGGCUCCAUUGGUCUCUCUCUCUAUCAUUCUAGACGGUUCACAGGGCGUUCUUUCAGGUAUUGCAAGGGGAUGUGGAUGGCAACACAUAGGGGCUUAUAUCAACUUAGGAUCUUUCUAUCUCUGGGGGAUACCCUUUGCAGCAGCUUUAGCCUUCUGGGCUCAUCUGAAAGGUGUUGGCCUUUGGGUUGGAAUACAAGCUGGUGCCGUUUUACAAACUUCUCUGCUAGCUCUUGUCACCGGCUGCACAAACUGGGAACACCAGGCCCUUAAAGCGAGGAGGAGAAUGGCUUUAGCCUAAGAGUAAUGUUAGCCGUUGUCAAAGACCAUCUAAAUAUUAGAGGGACCAUGUUUUCCUCAAGUUUUACCAUUUUGCUAGCUGUUAAAUAGAUGUAUGUUACUUCAGACUAGUGGUUGCUGCAAAAUAAAGAGUCUUUUUUCUUUUGGUAGUAAUACUGCAUAACGAAUAUAUUUU